AUGCCUGCGGGAGAGGCACUGCACCUAAUUCACUUACCUGCUACUAGUAACGUGGCAGAGAAUUCUUCACCUGGGACUUCAGUGCACAAGUUUUCUGUGAAAUUAUCAGCAUCCCUGUCACCUGUGAUGCCAGGGCUGCCCCUGAUAAUCAACACCAGUCCCCUCACUGAAGCCUUCAGCGUGAACGCUCUGUCAGGCACCGAGUUUGAGGUUGUCACUACUGGGAAAGAACAACUGGAUUUUGAAACGGGACCAAACAUGUUUGAUUUGCAGAUUUAUGUUAAGGAUGACGUGGGUGUCACUGACCUACAGAUCCUAACUGUCCAGGUAACAGAUGUGAAUGAGCCGCCUCAGUUUCCAGGCAACUUGGCAAAAGGUCUAGACCUCUACAUAGUGGAAGGAGCAAACCCUGGAUUCAGUUACCAGGUUGAGGCCUUCGAUCCAGAAGAUACGAGUCAAAAUAUACCCCUCAGUUAUUUCCUGAUUUCUCCCUCGAAGAGCUUCAGCAUGUCUGCUAAUGGGACCCUCUUCUCCACAACAGGAUUUGACUUUGAAGCAGGGCAUAACAGUUACCAGCUCACUGUGGAGGUGAGGGAUAGCCAAGGCCUCGGAGCCUCCACAUCGCUGCGGGCGAACAUCGUGAACAUCAACGACGAAAUCCCACGCUUUACCAGCCCAACGCGAAUGUAUGUGAUUCCGGAAGAGCUGGGCCCAGGAACCGUCGUGGCCAAUAUCACAGCUGAGGACCCUGAUAAUGAAGGUUGGACCAGUUUCCUCCUCUACAGCAUCACUACGGUUAACAACUAUUUCAUGAUAAAUCAGUUGACUGGUACCAUCCAAGUGGCCCACAGGCUAGACCGAGACGCAGGCGAAUUAAGACAAAAUCCCGCCAUUUCUCUGGAAGUUCUGGUGAAGGACAGACCCUUCGGGGGUCAGGAGAAUCGCAUGCAGAUAACCUUCCUGGUGAAGGACAUUAAUGACAACCCUGCUACUUGCACCAAGUUCACCUUCAGCAUUAUGGUGCCUGAACGCGCAGCCAAGGGGACGUUGCUUCUGGACCUGAACACGGUCUGCUUUGAUGAUGACAGCGAAGCACCAAACAGCCAAUUCAACUUUACUGAGCCAUCUGGAGUGGGGAGCCGCCGCAGAUUCCUACAGGAUCCAGCUGGCUCUGGGAAAAUUGUGUUGAUUGGUGAUCUAGAUUAUGAAAAUCCAAGUAAUCUAGCAGCCGGCAAUAAAUACACUGUGACAACCCAGGUGCAGGACGUUGCCCCUCCUUACUACAAAAAUAACAUCUACAUUUAUGUCCUAACAAGGCCAGAAAAUGAGUUUCCUCUUGUCUUUGAUCAGCCAUCCUAUGUCUUUGACGUGUCAGAAAUAAGCCCAGCCAGAGCCCGGAUUGGACGGGUGCAGGCCGCUGACAAAGACUUCCCCCAGAGCAGCACUGUGUACUCCAUCUCCACCGGGGGGGCCAGCCUCCCGUACCCAGACAUGUUUUGGAUUAACCCCAAAACAGGAGAACUCCAGCUGGUGACUAAAGUGGACUAUGAAACGACCCCCAUCUACAUUCUCAGAGUCCAGGCCGCCAACCACGAGGACACAAGCUCAGUCACUGUUACUGUUAACGUCCUGGAAGAAAAUGAUGAAAAGCCGAUUUGUAUCCCAAACUCUUAUUUCCUGGCCAUCCCAGUGGAUCUGAAAGUUGGCACAAACAUUCAAAAUUUCAAGCUGAUGUGUACUGAUCGUGAUUCCAGCCCCAGGUCCUUUCGUUACUCCAUUGGCCCAGGCAAUGUCAACAGACAUUUCACCUUUUCUCCCAACGCCGGGUCCAACAUCACACACCUGCUCCUUGCAACUCGCUUUGACUAUCCUGGUGGGCUUGACAAGAUCUGGGACUACAAGCUACUUGUCUAUAUAACUGAUGACAACUUGCUGUCUGGCAGGAAGAAAGCUGAGGCCCUGGUUGAAACAGGGACAGUGACACUGAGUAUUAGCGUCAUUCCUCCCCCAACCACGAUUGUCACCACAACCCCCAGGCCCAGGAUCACCUACCAGAUCCGGAGGGAAAACGUGUAUUCUCCAUCGGCAUGGUAUGUGCCUUUUGUCAUCACGCUGGGCUCCAUACUGCUUCUGGUUCUCCUGGUGGCUCUGACCGUCCAGUUGGCCAAAGCCAUCCACAGGCACUGUCCCUGCCAGACUGGGAAGCACAAGAAACCUCUGAUGAAGAAAGGAGAAAUGAAGAAAACAAAAAGUGAAGUUGUGGUGGACACAAUCCAGCUGAGCACGGUCUUUGAUGGUGAAGCCACAGACCCAGUGACUGGUGCAAAAUACGAAUUCAACUCAAAAACUGGAGCCAGAAAGUGGAAAGGUUCCUUAAUGCAAAUGUCAAAUUGGAAAGAGUCCAGCCGCCAGGGAGCUGCUGCAAGCAGCGCUGUCUCCGCGGGAGGGACGGGGCCACCAAGGGGCGCGGACGAGGAAGGAGAUGGGCUGAGUGGCCAAGCACAGGCUGCGGAUGCAGGCCCAGGUUCCAGAAACCACGAUGGCAAGCCGGGCACCCCGAAGAACAGAGACCCCUCCCCCAAGAGCAGAGCUUCCCCCAAGCCUCCGCCAGGGAAGUAAGUAGCGUGUGGUUGCUGGUCCCACAGAAGAGCGAGAGAGGGACCUGGACGCUCUGAGGGACGCUGCCUCCCCCUAAAUUCUCCGGGAGCCUGUGAGGUGCCACGGGAGGAAAAAUAUGGCCUGAGGGGACGCGGAGACCCAGGGCCCCAAAGGGGAUGUUUAAAACGGCACAACAGGGUUUGGUGGCCUCGUUGCCUUUUUCUGAGACGACACAGGAGAAAGUGGUCCCCGGUCUCUGUGCCUCUAACCAGCUGGACUGCUGACUUUUGGACAUGGACUUACUGUGUUUCUUCUUCCCAUUGAUUGCUAGGCAGCUCCAUUCAGUCCGUCCCUAGGAAGAGCACAGAACUUUCUGAUGGUAAAGCUGAGGGCUACCCACACUUCUGACUUCAUCUUAUUUUCCUGCCUUCCUUCUAGCAUUACCCAGAAUUCUUCAUUUAUAAAUGCAGUUCAACACCAUCCACCUUUGUAAGUCACCUUAAAUCAGCGGUUCUCAACCUGUGAGUCGCGACCCCUUCACAGGGGUCGCCUAAGACCAUCGGAAAACACAUAUAUAAUUACAUAUUGUUUUUGUGAUUAAUCACUAUGCUUUCAUUAUGUUCAAUUUGUAACAAUGAAAAUACAUCCUGCAUAUCAGAUUUUUACAUUACGUUUCAUAACAGUAGCAAAAUUACAGUUAGGAAGUAGCCACGAAAAUAAUUUUAUGGUUGGGGGUCACCACAACAUGAGGAACUGUAUGAAAGGGUCACGGCAUUAGGAAGGUUGAGAACCACUGCCUUAAAUCUUUUUCAAAAGAAGCCAUGCAGUGAAAAAGAAAUGGGUGAAUAAGUCGUGGGUUAUUCUUCUGGGAAGAAGAAAACAGUAAACACCUACUUUCAUUUUUUAUUGAGGUACAACUUAUAUUAAAUAAAAUGCCCAGACCUGAGGUAUUCAGCUUGAUAACAGACUCCUCCUAGAGUCAGGAAGGCCUUUAUCAUGAUAGAUUAGUUUUGCUUAUUUGAGUUUCAUAUGAAUGGAAUUACACAGAUGUGCCCUUUCCUGCCUGGCUUCGUAUGCUGAGUCUAGGAUGUCUGUGAGAUUUAUCCAUGUCGUACUGUAGGUCAGCAGUCCAGUUCUACUCACUGUUGUGAAGGCUGCUGUAAGUUUUUCACUGUUGUAAACUCGUCCUGUGAACUUGCUCAUGUGAGCACAAACAUGUUUCUUGGGAAUAUGUUCCUAGGCGUGGACAUGCUUGAGCCAUUGCUGGAAUCUGCUGAGAAUUCCAAAGUUGGUGGCUCCACUCUAUACUUCCACCAGCAAUGACUGAGAGUUCUGGUUGCCCUCCUUCCUUGUCAACACUUGGUGUUGUCAGUCCUUUUAAUUUUAGCCAUCCAGGUUAAAAUUUUUCGUGAAAUGAAGUCACUUUUUUUCUUAAAGCCAA